UCUUCCUCCCACUUAUCCUCUCUUCAUCGCAACCGCAGCAAUGGCGCUCAACCUAACAAAUUCCUUUCUUCAACGGCCAUUUUCUCCGGCUAUCGCACCGCCGAAGAACAAGGAGUUGGGAGCGAGACGUUACCGGGCGGUGGUGACCUGCCGGAAAAAGGAUAUUCAUCCCCAAUUCUACGAGGAUGCGAAGGUUUAUUGCAACGGAGAACUGGUGAUGACGACCGGUGGGACUCAGAAAGAGUACUCCGUGGAUGUGUGGUCGGGAAAUCACCCGUUCUAUUUGGGCAGCCGCUCCGCUCUGCUAGUCGACGCUGAUCAGGUGGAGAAAUUCCGCAAGAAAUUUGGAGAGCUGUCGCAAUUGAUGGAGAUUCCUGUCCUUAAAGGUGAAAUCGUUCUGCCCACAAAACGCAAAUCCGGCGGCAAAGGGAAGAAGAAGUAGAAGACUAGGGAAUUCAAUUAGCCUGGUAACAAUUUAAAUUCAAAUGCAUAUUGAGAUUUUUGGUUCUUCUAUUGCAUCAUAUAUCUGUGUAAUUUAUCACAAUCGAAACUAAUUUGUCUGAAUUCAACCGCUUGUUUCUGUCAAAUGCCUUGCAUUGCCUCGCUGUUCUUUAAAUGCUCAUUGUUGAUGAAGAGUUUGAUGGGUCUGCUGUAGACUUGUUCUUCGUCUGUUCAAUUUUCUUUCUAGCCAUCAGCUGGAUACCCAUUUGAUCAUUAUUUGGGUUU